AUGUCAUUCCAAAUUCCUUCAUGUUUGAACACUUUUAUGAGACCCGAGUUGUUUAAAGAAGAUUCCGAUGAUGAGGAGUUUAUGGGGAUCAUGUCGGAUUGUGUUGAGUUGCUUGAGGAAGGUGAAACGUCUGAACGACCACGUAUACCACGUACCCUCAUAAGAAGAGAUUGGGAAAGCGCCAACGAGCAACUAAUGGCGGAUUAUGUUGUUGAAGAUGCAAAGUACCCGCUUUGGUAUUUUAGGCGCCGAUUUCGAAUGUCGAGACCGUUGUUCAUGCGCAUAGUUAAUGAUAUAAUGUUGUAUCCGUCUCGAAAUCCAGGUCCUGUGCCUGAGCAUUUUAGAAGAUUGCAAGACAAGCUUGUUGAUGGGCAACAACGGAUUGGAGAGGAAACGAGUAGAGUAUUCCUAGACGACUAUUGCAAAUGUGUGUUUCUGCUAUACAAAGAGGAGUACUUGCGCAGACCAACACCAGAGGAUAUAGAUCGAUUGUAUGAUAAACACAAAGAGCUUCAUGGUUUCCCGGGGAUGCUUGGGAACAUCGAUUGUAUGCAUUGGCCUCGGAGAAAUUGUCCUAAGGGAUGGCAAGGGCAAUACACGCGUAGUGAUCACGACCAUCCAACAAUCAUGCUUGAAGCAGUUGUCUCAUACGAUUUAUGGAUUUGGCAUGCGUAUUUUGGUACAGCGGAAUCCAACAAUGACAUAAAUGUGCUAAAUAAUUCCCCUUUGUUUAGGGAAAUCAUCAAGGAGCGUGUUCCAAGUUCUUCGUUUACGGUUAACGGAACACAUUACAGAAAAGGGUACUACCUCGCAGACGGUAUCUACCCAGAGUGGUUAAUGUUUGUUAAGUCGUACUCAUGCCCGCAAGAUGACAAGAAGAAAAAGUUCAAACAAUAUCAAGAAAGUGCGAGAAAGGAUGUCGAACGUGCAUUUGGAUCUCAUCAAAAUCAAUGGCAUAUUCUAACCCAACCGGCUAGAGCUAGAAGCGUUAACCGGAUUUGUCGAACCAUGUACGCAUGUGUUAUAUUGCACAACAUGGUAGUUGAAGACUCGGGACACGCCAUAAGCACACUCGAGGAAGACGGUUUAAUCCAACCACCUAUUUUUGGUCAACGUACUUUCGAGGAGAGGAUGACAGUUCACGAGCAUACCAACAGGGAGCUUCGUGACCGACAUGUGCAUCACGCCCUUCGUCACGAUCUUACGGAUCAUAUAUGGCGUCUUCCUUCGUCAUGA